AUGAAGGCGCCUCUUGACGAUACCCAACCCAAGAGCGUGGCAUACGAGCAGAACCCGCUGAGCAUUUACUACUGCUACGAUUCUGCAGGGCAGGGACAAGAUGGAGAGCUCAGAAUGUGCAAUGCCGAGGUCACAAACACUCCCUGGGCAGAGAGGGUGAUGUUUACUUUCCAACCGGGCUCUGAUCUCGUCGCGAAGCCCUUGCAUGUCAGCCCCUUUAUGGAUAUGCUCAGCAACUGGAGUUUUCACUGGAGUUUUCUGAUGCCCCUGGUGCUAGACUCUUGGGGACUAUUUCACUGCAGCGUUGGAUGCCAAAUUGGUUGGACAGACAAGUAA